ACCGGAAGUGAUAUUGCAGAUCUUGAAGAUUUCAAACGCGAAGCGACAGAAAUCCUAGAAAACGCGAAGUUCCCAGUCCACAAGUGGGAGUCGAAUGUCGAAGAACUUGACAACGAAUCAAAUCCCAGCAAAAUACUCGGACAUAAAUGGAAUAAGAGAGAAGAUACACUUGAGAUUCGAGCAGAACCUACAAAGGAAGAAACACCAGUGACAAAGAGACAUAUUCUUAAGGAACUCAGUAGCAUAUAUGACCCUUUGGAAAUAAUAUCGCCGACCAUGGUUGAAGGGAAGCGCAUCUAUAGAGAAGCGUGUGAUGAGAAAGUCGGCUGGAAUUCAGAAGUAUCUACCAGCACGUCCAAAGAUUGGAUAAAGUGGCGACAACAGUUAAGAAACGUGAAAAUUCCGAGAACGAAGUCUAGCAAGGGAGAUUCGAAAGGUGAAAGCUAUACAUUUGCAUUUAUUUGCUGA